AGACGACUUCCUGGGUCAAGUGGAUGUGCCGCUUAGUCACCUUCCGACUGAAGACCCAACCAUGGAAAGGCCAUACACAUUUAAGGAUUUCCUUCUCAGACCAAGAAGCCACAAAUCUCGUGUGAAGGGUUUCUUGAGACUGAAGAUGGCUUAUAUGCCUAAAAAUGGUGGCCAAGAGGAAGAUAACAAUGAUCAAAGGGAUGAAUCUGAGCAUGGAUGGGAUGUGGUUGAUUCCAAUGACUCCGCAUCUCAACGUCAGGAGGAGUUACCACCUCCUCCGUUGCCUCCUGGAUGGGAAGAAAAGGUGGACAACCUGGGGCGAACUUACUAUGUCAACCAUAACAACAGGACUACUCAAUGGCAUCGACCAAGUUUAAUUGAUGUGGGAUCUGAUUCAGAUAACACUAUCAGACAAAUAAACCAAGAAGCAGCCCAUAGGCGGUUCCGCUCUCGGAGACACAUCAGUGAGGAUUUGGAACCAGAACCUGUGGAGAGUGGAGACAUUCCUGAGCCUUGGGAAACCAUUUCAGAGGAGGCGAGUGCGAGUGGAGAUUCCUUAAGCUUGUCAUUGCCGCCGCCUCCUGCAUCUCCAGUAUCCCGUACCAGUCCUCAGGAGCUGUCUGAGGAACUGAGCAGAAGACUUCAGGUCACCCCUGAUUCCAAUGGGGAACAACUCAGUUCUUUGAUUCAAAGAGAUCCUUCUUCAAGAUUAAGGUCUUGCAGUGUAACAGACACCGUUGCUGAACAGUGUCAAUUAUCCUUGCAGAGUGGUCCAUCUAGGAGAGCUCGUUCUUCAACUGUCACAGGUGGUGAGGAACCAACGCCUUCCGUGGCCUAUGUACAUACUACACCAGGCUUACCUUCAGGCUGGGAAGAAAGAAAGGAUGCAAAGGGCCGCACUUACUAUGUCAAUCAUAACAAUCGAACCACAACAUGGACACGGCCCAUUAUGCAGCUUGCAGAAGAUGGCAUGGUUGGGUCAACAGCAAACAGCAGCAACCAUUUAAGCGAACCCCAGAUAAGACGGCCUCGUAGCCUCAGUUCACCCACAGUAACUUUAUCUGCUCCACUAGAGGGUAUCAAGGACUCGCCUGUGCGCAGAGCGGUGAAGGACACCCUUUCCAAUCCACAGUCUCCACAGCCCUCACCUUACAACUCUCCUAAACCACAACACAAAGUUGCACAAAGCUUCCUUCCCCCUGGCUGGGAGAUGCGGAUAGCACCCAAUGGCAGGCCCUUCUUCAUUGACCACAACACUAAAACUACUACGUGGGAGGAUCCACGACUGAAAUUUCCAGUGCAUUUGAGAUCAAAAGCAUCUUUGAACCCUAAUGAUUUGGGCCCUCUUCCUCCUGGUUGGGAGGAAAGAAUACAUUUGGAUGGAAGAACAUUUUAUAUAGACCAUAAUAAUAAAAUUACCCAAUGGGAAGACCCCAGACUGCAGAACCCGGCGAUUACUGGUCCAGCAGUUCCGUAUUCCAGGGAGUUCAAACAGAAAUAUGACUAUUUCCGGAAGAAGUUAAAGAAACCAGCUGAUAUACCGAACAGAUUUGAGAUGAAGCUACACAGAAAUAAUAUUUUUGAGGAGUCCUACAGAAGAAUUAUGUCUGUGAAGAGACCCGACGUACUAAAAGCCAGGCUCUGGAUCGAAUUUGAGUCAGAAAAAGGACUUGACUAUGGAGGUGUGGCCAGAGAAUGGUUUUUUCUCUUGUCCAAGGAGAUGUUUAACCCUUAUUAUGGUCUCUUUGAAUAUUCAGCAACGGACAACUAUACACUUCAGAUUAAUCCUAAUUCAGGUCUUUGUAACGAAGAUCAUCUGUCGUAUUUCACAUUUAUUGGUCGGGUUGCUGGUCUGGCAGUAUAUCACGGGAAGCUACUGGAUGGCUUCUUCAUCAGACCUUUUUACAAGAUGAUGCUGGGGAAACCAAUAACUCUGAAAGACAUGGAGUCAGUGGACAGUGAAUACUACAACUCUUUGAAGUGGAUCCUGGAAAAUGACCCUACAGAGUUGGAUCUCAUGUUCUGCAUAGAUGAGGAGAACUUCGGACAGACAUAUCAAGUCGACCUGAAGCCAAAUGGGUCAGAAAUCAUGGUAACAAAUGAAAACAAAAGGGAAUACAUUGACCUGGUCAUCCAGUGGAGGUUUGUAAACAGAGUUCAGAAACAAAUGAAUGCUUUUUUGGAGGGAUUCACAGAACUUCUUCCUAUUGAUCUGAUUAAAAUUUUUGAUGAAAAUGAACUAGAGUUACUGAUGUGUGGCCUCGGCGAUGUUGAUGUUAAUGACUGGAGACAACACACCAUCUACAAAAACGGUUACUGCCCAAAUCAUCCCGUGAUCCAGUGGUUCUGGAAGGCCGUUUUACUGAUGGAUGCUGAAAAGCGGAUUCGAUUACUGCAGUUUGUUACUGGGACGUCACGCGUGCCUAUGAAUGGAUUUGCUGAACUUUACGGUUCAAAUGGUCCUCAGCUGUUUACAAUAGAGCAAUGGGGAAGUCCAGAUAAACUGCCCAGAGCUCACACAUGCUUUAAUCGUCUAGACUUACCUCUUUAUGAAUCUUUUGAAGAUUUGCGAGAGAAGCUUCUUAUGGCAGUUGAAAACGCUCAAGGAUUUGAGGGAGUGGAUUAAAACGUCGCCUUUUCUCCCCUCUUCAAGCAAGUUCUGCUUGCACUUUUGC